GGUUUUUAAAUUUGUCCGAAUAGUUUUUAAAAAGUAAUAAAAAUGGAAUUUAUUAUAAAUAGGCAAUUAAGUUUGAAAGACUUAGUGAAACAUUAUUUCAGACAGUUAUUCUCACGGCCAUGGUAUUUAAAAUUUGCCAUUUUAUUUCUUGUAACUGUGUUUUUAAUAUUAGCCCGUUUUAAAAACUUUACAACUGAACAUUUUGCCGCCGAAAAUGAACUAAAAAAUAAAUGGCGGCUAAAAGCAGAUAAAUUCGUCGUUAGAAUGAUGGCCGACGAUCAAGUACGUCUGCCUAAAGUCUCUAACUUCAUUCAUGGUUACGGUAGUUUUUACCAUUUUUACCGAAUUCCUAGAAGAUUUAAAAAAGCAUUUUAUUCCGAGAUGACCAGCGCUAAUCCGGACACAGCCCAUCCUCUAGCUCCGGAUUUUUCAUUUCAUCUAACUUACGACAAAAAUAAAGUUAAAAUAUUCCACGACACGAAUUGCGGUUGCAUUUACCGAAUAUAUAUGUUACCUCCGUUUUCAAGUUAUUUGAAUAAAGUCGAUUUACUAAAACCUCAAGAUUUGAAAAAUUUAUUUUUGGAGAUAACUUUAGAUGAUGUCACAACCAUUUAUAGUUUAACUGAAAUUUUGGAAGGUGAAAAAGGACCGUUUCUCAGUCCAGUAAGCUCGAAAAAUUCGAAACCAUUAUCCGGUAUUGGGUCUUACACGCCGUUCUGUUACGCUAAAAGUGCUUCGAUUCAUUACGUCGACGAUAACGAAUAUCCGACUAAUUUGUUGAACCUCACCGUCAGUUGCGUGGCUAACGAGUUAAAGUGCCCAAUAAAACAGUACACGGCAGUUUCUUACAUGAAAUCUUCGUGUUUGCCUGAUGAACAGUCGACAUUCAGUCAACUAAACAAAGAAAACUUUGCGAAUUUGGAUUAUUUGGUCGAGUAUUUUAAAUAUCCUGAAAACUACGGUCCGCACGAUGAUGACGGGUGUAAUUUGGUUUGCGAAGAUUUCAGUAGGAAAAACAAAAUCAUAAAGUUGAUUGAGAGGUGGAAUAGAUCCGCUGUUGUCGUGUCAAUCGUCCUAACCGAACUCCUAAUGAAUGAUGACGAUGAAAUAAACGAGCGAUAUUUUGAAGAUUGGAACGAUAUUUUUUUAUCAGUAACUGUGGACGGUUCUUCAGAACCACAAAUCUACAUUUCAUUGGGUGUUGUCUUCGUCACAAAAGGUUUUAAAACUGAAUUCAUUAGUGCGCCUUACGGGAGGUCUUACCGAGGAUGUAACUAUUUAAUCAAUCUCAAUUCUACACUUACUUGGGACGUUUUGCAGGUCGGAUAUUUCUUUCUACCCAUUCCUUAUUGGCACGACAUAAAAAUUAAUUUAGAAUAUCGGAAUGAAGAUAUAAGAAAAAAGAAGAAAAUCUGUUAUCAAGUUCUCGAAAAUGAAAACUUUUAUGACGAGAAACAAACGGGACACCUGUACGGGCACAACGUCUUUCAUUCUGGAGAAACGGAGAGAUGGCGCGAAGUUUUGUCGGUAGCAGGCGGUUGGGGACAUCUGGUUAGUCUUGCUGUAGAAAUAAAUAAUCUAAAACCGAUACUGGACGCUCCAUUGAUAGAGAGAUGGGCGGCCUUGCAAGCCGAUCCGGUCAUUUAUAUCGACGGUUUUAAGUCUCCACGAGUCAGAGGAACCGGAUUAGAAGAUUAUUUCAGUUUUUCUCAUGGGUUUGCUGGUGCAGAAAAUACUUCGUUUGCAUUCGUUGGUGUUCCGUACGGAUUUGAAAAUAAAGAAACUACUGGCAAAUCUUGGUCCUGCUACCGACACCAUAUUUUUGAUCCGGUUCUAUUCGACGAUUCAAUCGAGUUUAUCAUGGAAGGUACGCAUGAAGAUGAAUAUUACAAAGAAGCAAGAAAACUAACGUUCACCGAGUACAAAAGUUUAGAAGCAUCGUUACAAACAUCUUUCGUUUAUACUCCAUUUUAUUAUUUCAAAAAACAUUCGAAAAAUGUUCAAUAUAAAUAUUGCGAUGAUGUUAUAUUUUGUGAGGACGAAUCACUAGCUUCACAUAGUUUCAAAUCUUCAACAACUCCAAUACUUUUUCGAUUCGAUUCUUUGAAGUACCUUGGCGAUUCAAAGCACAACUUUGAAGAGAAGAACGUUUGCGGAUUUUCAUUCAAGAAUUUAACGAAUAUUAAAUUUCAGUUGAUAGUUCCUUCUACCACCGACUCGAAACUCGUAUUUACUCGAAAGUAUUACUCCAAACUGUAUCAGUGGAACGACAAGUGCCUUGUGAACUAUAACGGCUACACAUUUGAGUGGCUAUUCUCAAUUGGACCGACCAAUAGCGAUUAUUCGUUAAGAGAAGAUUCAAUUAUUUUACCGAUCUUAGAUUCAGGAAAAACUACAAAUGAAUUUAAUUUUCAAUUAACAGUGCUCUCAGACUGGAACGAUAUAUCAUAUACAUUGUGCUCCAUUACCGAAUGAAUGCGUGUAUAGUUUCUGUUUUCAUUCAUUCAUUCAUUCAUUCAUUCAUUCAUUCAUUCAUUCAUUCAUUCAUUCAUUCAUUCAUUUAAUUACACUGUAUAUUUUCAAUGCGCGUGUUUUUGAUUGCAUUUUAUCACAUCUGAGCACAUCUUUUUAAACAUUUACAUGUUUGUUUAGUCAUCAAUUUUACUUUACUAUGUUGAAUCGUGCGUUAUAAAUCAUGGGAUUUUAAAUUGAAUAUGCCCUGUCGUUUAAAUACAGUGCUGGAUUAAAUAAUCAUAUUUUGAAGUUUUAAUAAAAUUUGUGCCUAAAAUGGACAUUCGAUUUAAGAUCUUAAAAUUAAUUCGUACAUGAAACUGUUUCAAAUAAAACAACAUUUAAAAUUAAUCAAAAAA